UCCAGCAAAUGUCAAAAUAUUAAAAUUUUAUUUUUGGUUGCUUGGUGUGAAGUAUAGCUUUAAACAACUUCUAAAACAAAUUAGGUGAGUGAUGAGUGCUAGUUUAUUAGCAACUAUUCGGACAGCGCAAAUUAUUUACCAACGAAAAUGAGUGAAGACAGUCAACUAACAGAGCCGAAGAACUCUGUGUCGUUACCUGAGAUUCCACUGAGUUCAGUGAAAAUAAAGCAGGAAAAAAUCACUCCACCAGCAUCUCCAGUACGCAAUCCAGCAACACAAUUGCUGAAUGUGAAGCGGGAAAAAGAGGCUGUUUCUUCCAACGAGCACACCAUAAGUGAAAGUGUUUUUGCGACAUUCUUACCGCCUAGUGACGAUAAGAAAGCGGUCGCAUUGACAAAAUCGUCGGAAGAAUUACUUGCCGAAUUAUUUCAGUCGUUUAAUAGUGCACCACCAACUACAUUGCUGAUCGAUGAUGGAAAGACGUCGAAAAAGCCGAAAAAGAAACACAAGAAAGAUAAGAAAAAGAAACACAAAAAGAAGGGUCGGAGCAGCAGUGAUGAGGAGGAUGGGCAGGAUGGCGACAAGGCGGAGAAGAAGUUAAAAUUGAAGAAAGUGAAAAAGGAGAAGAGGGACAAACUAUUGGACGGGAAGGACAUUAAAAGUGAGAAAGAAAAAUCGAAGAAAAGAAAAUCGGACGAUCCGCUCGCAACGAGCAAACAUAAAAAGAAGAAAAAAGAAAAGGAUAAGGAUGAGGAGCGCAAGGAAGAGCUGGAUAUCGACGAAUAUGAGAAGCAACUGCUGGAGAAGGUUCACCGUGAGGAAAACGCGAAAUCAGAUCCAAAAAUGAAGUCAAAAAUUUUCAUCAAAAGCUUCAAACACAGUGCGGUCUUCGAAGAAAAUGUGAAACAAGCGGAACAACGGAAGAAGGAGAAAGAAAAAGAGCGUAAACGUGACAAACACAAUGUUGAAAGCGAAAGUGAUCAGUCAAAGUCGUCGGAAAUAUCAUUAUCCGACGAGGAAACGUAUGAGAGAAAUCGAUCCCGUUUCUACGAACGCGACUCCUAUUACGGUAAUAAUCGGUCCAGAGAUGAUCGCCACAGAGAUCGGUCACCCCGAAACAGAUCUCGAGAUCGGUAUGAAUCGCGUGAAUCGUCAUACUACGGGCACGGUUACAGAGGACUUGGUAGCAGAUAUGAUGAUCGGGAUAGGGAUAGACGAAGGCGACGUUCUCGUUCGAGGUCUCUUCAUUCGGCCGAUCGUAUUGACAAGAAACGUUUACUGGAAAUCGCCCGGAAGAAUGCCAUAUCGAUGCUGAAGAAUGGAACAUUACCGGGAACGCAGAAUUUGGCACCGGAGGCUAAGGAGAAAGUAUUAGCAAAGAUGCGUUUCGGUGGAAAAUCGGUCGACGAACUCACGGAAUUCUGCAAAAAACUAUCAAAUGGUGAAUCGAGCGGUUACUUAUCCGAUGUGUCUGAUGACAGUGAUCAUGACGAGGACGGCAAUGACAGACCGUUCAAUCAUCCAUUCAUGCUAAAAGAACGCAACGAACCAAUUGUUAUGAAUAUCAAGAAUGCAACGCCAAUCCCACCGAAAACCGCUGAACAAACGAAAGCCAUUUUGAUGCAAUUUCCGGUUUCGUCUGGCCAGCAUCAUAGAUUAAACGAGAGUGAAUGGGUACCUGUGCCGCCCGCACCGAAGAAACCGGCAGUGAAAGCCCCAGCAAAAGUUGAGAAAACAGUCAAACAAGCUCCAGCAGCUAUCAUGCCAGCACCUCCUAAUCCAGAACCAGUUCCUGCACCGGAAACAAAUAUUUUCCCAGAUGCCAAUGUCGGAACUAACCUGGACGUGACGACCAUUAUAACAAAGAGGUUAAAUGCUAUGAGGAAGUUACAGGAUAAUCCAUUGGAUCAGGAAGCCAUCAAAUUGAUGUACAAUACACAGAAGGAUAUGUCGGCUUGGGCUAACUCAAAAUUUAUACCAGGACAAUUCACAGGCAGCACUGGUGCUAACAUUCUUUCUGCGAGGGAACUGACAUCCGGUUUUCAAGCCUGGGCGAAAAGAAUGAAACUAAUCCGACUGAGUGAUAGAGUAGUACGGACACAACAGAGAAUCGACCGUCAAAUAUUUGGAUUUAUUUUUAGGAUUUGACAGGUGACCCUUUUACUCAUUGACCAUUGACAAAGAAGUUUUGAAUGUUUUCUCGGUCCCUUUGCGGGAAUGGGAGAACAUUCAAAAUUUUCUGUGUUUUUUUCUGUUAAACAAAACUAAUGAAAAUUUCGACGUUUCGUGCAAAUUUUUAUUCGAUUUCGACAUCGAAAUGAAUAAACUAUUUUGCUUAGCGAAACGAAUGGUAUUCUCAUGGAACCUUCAUUCUAUCAGACCAGAUCCGAGGUGUAAACAGUUUCCCAGCGUGACAGGAUUUCCAGGAUAAAGAUUUUGAUUUUCAACUUUGUAACAGAACUUGCAGGAAAUGUUUACACCUCGGACGGGAACCUGGAAGUGGUUAAUUUGGUUCAUCCAUAAGCCAUGACUGUCCCGUAAUUUUUUGGUCUGAUAAAGUGAAGUGUUAUCCGUUAAUCUUUUUGAAACGGCCACUGUAUCGGCACCUGACGAUUUAGUUGGUUAUGUUGUUCAAACACUAGCCAGAGCUCAUCAUCUAUCUUCACGUCCAUGACAGAUGAGACUGGGCCGUUUCUAAAAGAUUAACUACCAGGUCUACUUGGCAUUAGCGUUCUUUUACAAGUCGAAAAUGUGUCCUGAAUGGCUUACUGAAAUACUUGCAACUCAAAUUUCAUUCGGCCACCAAGGCAGCUUUAUCAAAAGUCAUAAAUUUUUAGUGCACCAGUCUCUGGACAUGCACCAGUGAUCAAACACAUAUUGUUCUCUCAUUCGUAAAAAAAUAUUUGAUCAAUGAAAGAACAAUAGUUGUCCAACUACUCGUACAUGUUCGGGGACUGGUGCUCACUGAAUUAAUAUUUUAAACUGAAGUUAAACGUUGACGCAAGUGUUUUAUCCUUGAAUUGAAAUAAAGGAAUUUGAUCAAUUCUUGCGUUAACUGGGACAAUAUGGCUUCCAACAUUUUGGUUGGCCUUUGAAACAUUUUCGAAUUCUAAUUGAACCGGUUUUCUGCUCACGUGCGAAUGAAAUCGUUAUAAAUUCCAUGCUUGAUGGCCGACAAUGAUUGGACCUCGAAAUCGGGACAUGGUCGUUGCUUUUAAUGCCAAGUGUAGCUGGGUAAAUCACAUUGAAUUUACAACGGUUUUUGGAAAUGCAUUAUGAUUGAGCGAACAGAAAUUGCAUUCGACUAAUUAUUUAAAUGGCGAUGUUGACCUAGGUUUGGAAAGAGCAGGUUAACACACUUCUGAUCUGAUCACGAAGACUGUGGCGCCUCCACUUUUUAUAAAUUUUAUAAAAUGAGUCUUCGAACGUGGAGGACAAUAUAGACUAAUGUGAGAACAAUAAACCGUUUAAAUUUAGGUAGGAGAUGCCUUCGUACAUGUCUUAACCUGUUCUUCCAAAUCCUACAUGUUGACUGACUUUAAAAUGCAAUUUCCGAUCAUAAUGUUAGGAUGUUGUAUUGAGUGUCGGUGUUGAUUUUGCUGUUACGCUUUAUUCUCUCUUCCUCGAGCUAUUUCCUUAAAUUUCUGAAAUUCUUGAAAAUUUCCCAAAUUGAAAAUUGAGGAAAUUUCAAGGGAAAUUUAGUAAAAUGUCAACUAACUUCAAUCAAGGGGUGAGUUAUUUGUUGAAAAUAGACUCUAAAAUGAGCCUUUACUUUGGGAAAAAUUUAAAUUUCCAUUCAACGAUAGUGAAAGGCUUUGUAUGACAAGAAAGGAGAAACUCAAUUGUUUGAAUAGGGGUAAAACCAGUGCUUGGGCUGUUUGGUAAAAAGACUUCGUAAACUUAACACGCUACUUCGUAAGAUUAAAUUUAGUUCUGCAUUAGACAGUUGUACAAACUGCGUAAAAUUUGAUUUUAUGACGUCAUUUUACGAAAUAUCUUAGCUACGGGCUUACCCCUAAUGAAUCGGUUGGUUCGGAUUCAUCAGCUGAAUUUACCGAACAAAUGGGCGGCAUAGAAAAAUUAACACCGACAACAAUACUACUUCCUUCCAGAUAUAUUUAGCUUAGAGUUCCAGCCAUAA